AUAAUUGCUUUAAGUGCUUCGUCUAACCAACUAUCAAGGAUUCAAGAAAAGGUAGACGAAUAUGCUGCCUUGAUCAUGGAAGAACUCGAUCCCGACAACCUUGGAUAUAUCGAGCUGUACAACUUGGAAACAUUGCUUCUCCAAGUUCCAAGCCAAUCGGACAUCAGUCCAUCAUCCGAGAACAAGCGUGCCCUCAGCAAGAUGUUGAGCCAGAAACUCAUACCAACAAAAGAGAGAAAUCCGUUGAAAAGAUUUGCCAGAGAUAUAAAAUACUUUUUCUUGGAAAAUUGGAAAAGGAUAUGGGUGCUAACAUUGUGGAUAUCCAUUUGCAUCGCUCUCUUCACUUGGAAAUUUCUACAGUAUAAACGCAGAGCCGUGUUCGAGGUCUUGGGUUCUUGUGUUUCUGUGGCCAAAGGCAGCGCAGAGACCUUGAAAUUCAACAUGGCUCUCAUUCUCUUGCCUGUUUGUAGGAACACUAUCACUUGGCUACGGACCAACUCCAAGCUUGGGUCCGUUGUUCCAUUUGAUGACAAUAUCAACUUCCACAAGGUUAUUGCGUUUGGGAUCGCCAUUGGAGUAGGCUUACAUGCCAUUUCUCACCUGGCAUGUGACUUUCCGCGUUUGCUGCAUGCAAAAUAUGUAGAGUAUGAGCCAGUGAAAAAGUUUUUCGGGGACGAGAGGCCAGACAAUUACUGGUGGUUCGUUAAAGGAACAGACGGAUGGACCGGAGUGACCAUGGUGGUUCUAAUGGUAAUAGCAUACGCCUUGGCUCAAUCGUGGUUCAGACGCAACCGGACAAGCCUACCAAAAACGUUGAAACGGUUAACCGGUUUCAACGCGUUUUGGUACUCACACCAUUUAUUUGUCAUCGUUUAUGUGCUUCUAAUCGUGCAUAGCUACUUUAUUUAUCUCUCCAAGAAAUGGUAUGAAAAAACGACGUGGAUGUAUCUGGCUGUUCCAACGAUAUUGUAUGCGUGUGAAAGAUUGAUACGUUUGUUUAGAUCAGGGUCCAAGGCGGUAACCAUUUUGAAGGUUGCGGUAUAUCCAGGAAACGUACUUUCGCUUUACAUGUCAAAACCUAAAGGGUUCAAGUAUAGAAGUGGGCAGUACAUAUAUGUUAACUGCUCCGACGUCUCACCAUUUCAAUGGCAUCCGUUUUCAAUUACUUCGGCUUCUGGAGACGAGUUCCUCAGCAUUCAUAUCCGCACCCUCGGCGAUUGGACAUCACAACUCAAAUGCUUAUUUUCGAAGGUUUGUCAACCUCCGUCAACAAGUCAAAGUGGGCUCUUCACAGCUGACUUAGUUCAAGCCAAUAACAUAACCAGGUUUCCGAGGCUUUUGAUCGAUGGUCCAUAUGGCGCCCCAGCACAAGACUACCGAAACUACGAUGUAUUGCUUCUGGUAGGCCUAGGUAUCGGAGCGACCCCAUUAAUCAGUAUACUUAAGGACGUUCUUAACAACAUCAAGAAUCACAAAUCCAUUGAAGAAGGCACAAGCCACAAUGUCAAUAGAAGCAACACAAAACGAGCUUAUUUCUAUUGGGUAACAAGAGAGCAAGGAUCUUUAGAAUGGUUUAGUGAGGUCAUGAACGAGGUAGCUGAGUAUGAUAGUGAGGGAAUUAUUGAGCUACAUAACUACUGCACGAGCGUCUAUGAGGAAGGAGACGCGAGAUCAGCACUAAUCACGAUGUUGCAGUCAUUGCACCACGCCAAGAACGGCAUUGAUAUUGUGUCAGGUACUCGGGUCCGGACCCAUUUCGCAAGACCCGAUUGGCGCAGCGUUUUCAAGCAUGUCGCGGUGAACCACAUCAAUCAACGAGUUGGGGUUUUCUACUGUGGUAAAUCAUGCAUCAUAGGAGAGUUGAAGGACUUCGACCAAGAUUUCUCUAGGAAAACUUCGACCAAGUUUGAGUUCCACAAGGAAAAUUUUUAAUUUCAAGUUCAUCAUUAGUAUUUUAAGAACACAGUGUCUUUGAUAAAAACUUACCUAUCUAUACUGGUUUGGUUUGUAUAAUUAUAAUAACUACUUUCUGACAGCUCGAAAGCAUUAA